UGAUACUUUACCCGCACUCGUAAAUUCGUAGGCGCGUUUUGGGUGCUAUCUUAAUUGCUGCGGUAGAUAUAUUUACGUCGCAAUAAGUUAUCAGGAGCCUAAUUACGGCCGCGAAACCACCUGUCCGCUAUCGUCUGUCUGUACAUAGGCCUUCGCAUAUACUUCCGUGCGUCUUACGCGCGGUCCCUCCCCCGUGGCGCGAUUGGUCGGAGCGGAAGGUGCGCGCGCACCGGCCCUCCUCGCUGUCUGGAGCGAUGUUCGGACUCCGGAGGAGCCGGUCGCGGCCGCGAUGUGUCGCCGACAGUGCUGUCGCGACCCCAUCGCAUCGCAGCGCGGACCAGACGCUCCGCACAGUCCGCAGAGACCGUGCGCUCACUGUACUAAAACUAUACUAAAACUUCUCUAAAACUAAUUAUAGACAUUAACUCAUGAAGUAGACUCUCUGUAAAUUAUAGUUAUAAAAGUUAUUGUUGUUUUAAAAAGUUUCAAAACUUUUUACGCGGACUUUAACUUUUGAAAUUAGUAUUAGUGAUCUACCUGGCUCUUUGGUGAUGUGAAAUGGGUUGGCAUCGCAAGCAGGUCCGCACGGUGCCGCGGCCGCUGGUGAGCUGGUGCGCCUGGGCAUGCGCGCUGCUCGCCGCCGCCGCGAGCGCUCAUGCGGAUGUCGACACUUCAACGGGCCUUGGAGACAACACACUGACUAAUUCAGUGGUGGAGGAGCCCGAGUUCACGGACGUGAUUCAGAACAUGACAGUGCCGGCCGGGCGAAGCGUGCGUCUAGCUUGCUCUGUCAAAAACCUCGGCUCUUACAAGGUAGCAUGGAUGCACUUCGAGCAAAGCGCAAUAUUGACCGUACACAACCACGUGAUCACGCGCAACCCGCGCGUUAGCGUCACGCACGACAAGCACCGCACGUGGUUCCUGCACAUCUCGGACGUGCGCGAGGAGGACCGCGGCCGCUACAUGUGCCAGAUCAACACGGUCACGGCUAAAACGCAGUUCGGAUACUUGCACGUCGUAGUACCACCGACGAUAGACGACUCACUAAGUUCGAGCGACGUGAUCGUCCGAGAGGGCGCGAACGUCACCUUGACGUGCCGUGCUAAUGGCUCUCCUAAACCCACCAUCAAAUGGAAGCGGGACGACAACUCAAAAAUCUCCAUCACAAAAGGACACUCUGUGUCCGACUGGGAAGGUGAAGUGCUGGAGAUGGCGCGUAUAUCACGGUUGGACAUGGGCGCUUAUUUGUGCAUCGCUAGUAAUGGCGUUCCACCUACCGUGUCCAAAAGGGUUAAAGUCAGCGUUGAUUUCCCCCCAAUGUUAUGGAUUCCUCACCAGCUGGUGGGGGCGCCUCUUUAUUACAACGUAACCCUGGAAUGCUUCACCGAGGCGCAUCCCACGUCUCUGAAUUACUGGACCCGUGACGACGGCCACAUGAUUCAUGAGAGCUCCAAGUAUCAUAUGGAAAAUACACUCGGCGUUCCUGCUUACAAAACACAUAUGAGGCUGUUAAUCAGACAUAUUACCACUGAAGAUUAUGGAACAUAUAAAUGCGUGGCCAAAAAUCCGCGGGGAGAGUCAGAUGGAACGAUAAGGCUAUACACUUCCUCACCGCCGACCACCACGCCCGACCCUCGGGCCGCGACCGUCCCACCGCCGUCCAAGCCACCACGCAAAGACACGCCGGUUCUAGAUAAAGGUACAAAGUAUCAGUCCAACCUGAACGAGAUCGACAAGGGCAAGCAGAAGCCAGACGAGGGCGGUGGGAAGUCUCACCUCAACUGGGUCGGAGGCGCAUCGCAAGUCACAGGUUAUGCUGAUUGGAGGAGGAGUCAAGCAUGGAUUCUAAUUUUGUUAGUAGUACUACCUUAUUUUUAAUCAGUCAAUUACCUUUGAACCAUUUAUUUUUUUGCUGGCAUUUCCGUAUUUAAGCUAGUUAAAAAAAAUAUUUUAGACAGUCAAUUGGACUAAACCGACGGAAAAUAUUUUUACACAACUUGAUAUAUUAACCAUAGCAGACCUGUGCCCUUUCGUUAGAUUUUUCGAUUUAUUAAAUAUUAUAAGAGUUAGGAGCUUUUAAUAAAUUGGAUUGAAUUUGUUUUAUUUACGGUCCUAAAUCUUGUUAUGAAAAAAACUAAAAAAAUCAAACGAAGGGGCAUUGCUAUGGUUAACGUUUAUUAAAUUGUGUAAAAAUAUUUUCCAUGGUGUUAAUGUUCAGGGAGGAAAAUUGGGAUUACGUUUGUCAUUCCUCCACUAUCCUCUUAAAAGGAGCAUAAUGCCUAGGUAUAACAAAACAAAGAAAAUGUAUAUUUAAAAUUAGUAUGUUUUUUUAUUUUAUUUACUUGUUAUGUCCUCAGAAUUACAGAUAACUUCAAAAUACCAAGUCAAAUCAAGCUAAUUCUGCUCCGAAUUUAAGAGACCGUAUGAUACUGGUACGACAGAAAAAGUAUGGAAGUGCCAUUAAGACAUUACACUAGACAUUACAUUAGUGUUAGAGACGUCAUGUUUCCCUGAAACUUGACGUCUCUGAUGACAUUUUCAACACUUUUUCAUUGCAAAUGUCUGUGCAGAGUUAGCUUGGUCUGACUGAAUUACCCAAUAAAACGUAACUAAAUAGUAAUCGGCAAAUGGAAUUCUUACCCACAUUUCUAAGGACACAAAUAUAGAUACCAAUAUAGUAGCUAUGGGUUAUGGGAAUAUUGCCAGCAAACUGAGGCAACAAAUGAAACAAUAGGCAGAACUAAUCGAGCAGUAUUUUAUGAAGAAAGUAUUAAUACUGCGACCCCUUUUCAACGUUCAACUCAUAAUAUCGGGAACUAUGGAUUACUCCAUGUUGUGCUAGAGCUUAUGGAUUGUCAAAUAUCACUUAAUGUCUUAAAACAGGUAUCUACUUAGAAUCAUGACUUCUAGAUGGUCAUCGUAUUAUAUACAUUAUCUAUUAUACAAUGGUGUGCUUAAUUUAAUCAAAUUCCUUUCACAUAGUGUAAAAACCGUUGUUGUUAAUUAUAAAUGUUUAAACUAUUGUGGACAACAGUUCCUUGAACUAUAUGUGGAUGUCUCAGACACUGAGUUCAUUCUUGAAUUAUUCUAAAAUAAUUCUAGUCCACCUAAUUCGAAACAAUGGAUUAAAAAUAUGUAACGAAUUCUAGUGUUUGAGACACAUACGUACUUUUUUACAACACUUCUCGGUGUAGCAGAUUUGGAUGACCACGCCACGUUAGGCGAUAUCCGUGUUUGUAUGUAUGUUAUCAGUGAACCUGCACAGUAGCGAAUGUAUCCCAAUAGAUGUUAAACGUUGCUAAUUAUAAAUCUGCUGGGCCGUGAAUAGUAAAUUUUAUUCUAGUAAACACUGCACACGAAUUAAAUAAAUAUAAAGUGCACUAAUCUAUAAUCUUAACUGUUAUUUUGAUAACAAAUAGACUAAGACUGAAAAUAUUAUCUUUAGAAAAAUGUUAUGUAAAAUUUUAUUUGUGCUUAUUUAUACACCUCAUGUUCGCUGUGAUACAAAUGAUAAAUUGACGGGAUUUGCAAGAUUAUUGUACAUAUAUAAUUUCUUAUUUGAUUUAGAUGAUUUGCGUCCAAACUUCUAAGUUCCACGUUUAUUUCCCCAUAUUGAUUACUACGUAUGUAUAAUCUUAACCUGGUUAUUGCCUUUAUGAGACAGAAAUUUUAUGUUUAUGUCAUUUGAAAUGGCGUUAUUUUAAUCAAAAUUUUAUUUUUUACUACUGAUCAAAUUUCUUCGGUCAAUUAAAGUUUGUAUAAUGCAUUGUACGUAAAUGUUAUCGUUAACAUGUUGCCAAAUUGCUAACUACAUGUAAGAAACUGUAAUGCUACUUAGAUAGGUUGUUGUAAAUAUACCCCUAAGCCAAAGCAAUGAAGUGACUAGUAUCUGAGAGUAUAUCUAUUGAUAGUGUAACUAUGAGUUUAUUAUAAGAAGCGCAAGCGAUUGUAAUAUGUACUACUACAUGUCACGGUACCAGAGAAGUAGGUUAUAAAAAUUAAAUAAAGCUUGUUUUAAAAAUAAA